AGCAGGUUUGCGCAAAUGGCUCAACUUUGGCGACCUCUAAUGAGGCAAUGGCCAUGGCGGGGGUCGCGCAUGCCGAACCAUUGUUGUGGCAUCAGCCUUCACCAUCUCCUCAGCUCGCCCUGUUUUCUUGAGCCCGCCAAGCCAACCUCUUUUACUCAUUUCUCUUUGGUCCCUCUUGUUUCAUCAUCUAAUCGAAAUCUCCAUUUUCGCUCUGGCUCUCUUCGAUUUUCCGACGACGCCGUGCUUCAAGAUGGAGCUGACAGUGAUGAAUCGAGUGCUGACGUUAAGAAGAGCCGCAAUCAGCUGAAACGCGAGGCUAAGCGUGCUGUGCGUUGGGGUAUGGAGCUGGCUUCUUUCUCUGCUCCUCAAAUCAAGCGAAUACUCAGAGUGGUUUCUGUGGACCGAGAAGUGUUUGAAGCUCUAAUGCUGGUUAAGAGAUUAAGACCGGAUGUCCGCGAAGGAAGGAGGAGGCAGUUCAAUUAUAUUGGAAAAUUGCUGCGGGAAGUGCAACCUGAAUUAAUGGAUAAAUUAAUAGAAGCAACAAAAGAUGGCAAUCACAGUGAGCUACAAAAAUUAUGUGGCUCAGAUUCUGAGGUUCUUGAAGGCGACGACGAACUUACGGAAUUUGAGCCUGACGAGGAUGAUGAGGAUUCUGAUUGGCACGUUGCUCGAGCAGUUAGAUGGUUUGAUGGUCUGGUCAAUAAAGAUGUUAAAAUCACCAAUGAAGUUUAUUCAUUGCAGGAGGUUGAGUUUGAUCGUCAGGAGUUACGGAAGCUUGUAAGAAUGGUGCACUCAGCACAAGAACAGGAAGUUGCUAAUGAAGUGGAGAGAAAAGUAGAAACAGCGAAAAUUCGGGCUGAAAAGGCUCUCACUCGUUUCCUUCGUUCCAUUGCAAGACAAGUUCCUAAUGAAUAUUGAUUAUCAUCAAUUUUUAAUAUAGCAAUUAGUCAUUCAUAUAUUAGGGUCAUAGAUUAAGUGUACCAUAUGUGUAUUAAAUUUUUUUGUCAUAGAUGCCUGAUGGCUUAAAAAGUAUUUGAUCAUUGAUAGAGUUCAACGGUUCUUGUGGAAUUUAUAGAUUUAUAGCUUUCUUCAAAAGUAUUUUGGGUCA